CACACACAUUUUUUUUCAGCAGUCUGUCACAGCGGCGCAUUCAACAUAACGUCUACUUCAGUUCAACGUGUGCAUUGGCCCUGGAACUUCUAGAGAGACGGGGUUUUAAACUCCUUCAAGACUCUGGAAUAUAAAAUCGCACUCUAUUUUCUUUCCUUUUUUUUCUUCCCAUUUUCUCCUCCUCCUCCUUCCUCCACUGGUUUCCUGUUACAAAGCCUUGGGAGGGAGUUGCGCGCACAGCCCAGUUCCUCCGUAGAAACUAAAUGACAGGAUCAGAAGCCGUGAUUUUUCUGCAUCGUCCGGACAUUUUAUAGCAGAGGAGCAAAAAAAAAAAAAGGAGGAAAGAGAAGACGGCGUGACAUUGACGAGGAUGUAGAAUGAUUUUUAACUAAAGAAACAUACGAGAAACAAAUUCGCUGUUGCGGGGAAGAAGAGGAGAGGGCUAUUGGGGUCUAUCGGCUUGAGGAAACGCACAUCAUCGCUACUACAAUCCGCGGAGGCAGAAUAAUGUAAAGGCUUCUUAAAGAAGACCAGGAAGAAGGGAAAGGCAAUCUCCUGAUUGGAAUUUAGAAUGAAGCCGGGCAAGCUGUGUGACAUGUGACGUUCAUCUGAAUCGAGUCUCCUCGUUGGACGUACAGGAACAAAGUUCACAGACGCAGAAGGAGAAGAAUAACAAGUCGCCAGCAGCCUUUUCUGCUCUCCUGAGUCCUUCUUGAUCAUCUGAGUGAGGUCUCAAUCCAUCACUCGCUCCAUUUCCACCAAAUGGGAGUUUACAUCAGAGAAAUGGCUUGGCUGAAGGUCUUGCUCUUAUUGUCCCUAUUUGGAUGUGAAAAGUCUCUGGGACUUAACUGGAACCCAAUCCCACGCAAGACUGUGCGGUAUCAGGAUGUUUUGGACAGCAUGGCCAGGUUCAGCAUUCAAGGAGUUUUCAACUACAGCAUGUUGACACUGUCGGACCAUGAGAGAGUUUUGUACGUCGGAUCACGCGAGGCAUUGUUUGCCUUGGACCCCAAUGAUAUUAGCAGACAGCUCCGACCACAGAUUGACUGGCCAGCUCCAUUGGACAAGAAAAGGGAGUGUGUCAUCAAGGGCAAGAGCAACCUGACCGAGUGCUUCAACUACAUUCGCUUCCUGCAGAGCUAUAACCACACACACCUCUACACGUGUGGUACCUACGCCUUUCAACCCAAAUGCACCUAUGUGAACGCAGAGUAUUUUAGUCUCAGCACUGCUGUCCUGGAAGACGGGAAGGGCAAAUGUCCUUAUGACCCUGCCAAGGGCCACACUGGCCUAAUAGUAGACAAGGAGCUCUACUCUGCCACACUCAACAACUUCUUGGGAACUGAGCCAGUCAUCCAAAGGAACUUGGGCCAACAACACUAUAGUAUGAAGAGUGAAUACCUGCCUGCAUGGCUCAAUGAGCCGGAUUUUGUGGCUUCAGCCCUGGUUCGAGAGAGCAGCGGCAGUAAAGAGGGUGACGACGACAAAAUCUAUUUCUUCUUUAGUGAGCGAGCACUGGAACUGGACUGUGACACUGAAGUCAAUGUGGCGAGAGUGGCACGAGUCUGCAAGGGUGAUCUUGGUGGUAGCCGGACGCUGCAGAAAAAAUGGACCACCUUCCAAAAAGCUCGGCUGGAUUGUUCGCUCCCCGAGCGUCAUGUCUCCUUCAACAACCUUCGGGCUGUCUUCACACUGCCCGGCCAGGACUGGAGGGGGACGACUUUCUUCGGCAUCUUUCACGCUCAGUGGGGUGACGUGGACGUGUCGGCGGUAUGUCAGUACCAGAUCAGUGAUGUGAAAAAGGUGUUUGAAGGCUCCUACAAGGAAUACAGGGAGACAUCCCAAAGGUGGGGGCGCUAUUCCGGACCUGUUCCCAACCCACGGCCUGGAUCGUGUAUCACAAACUCAGACCGAGAAAGCGGCUACAACAGUUCUCUGCAGCUACCUGAUGCAACACUCAACUUUGCCAAGAAGCACCCACUGAUGGAGGACAAAGCACUUGCUCGCCCCCUGCUUCUCACCAAGGGUGUGAACUUCACACGGCUGGUUGUAGAUCGAGUUACUGGUCUGGACCAAAGAGCCUACAACGUUCUGUUCCUUGGCACAGUUGAAGGCUGGCUACAGAGGGUGGCUAUCUUGGGCUCUGACGCCCAUGUGAUUGAAGAAAUCCAGCUGUUUGACAUCGCUCAGCCAGUAGACAGCCUUACCAUAUCCCACUCCAAGAAGUACGUCUACAUCGGCUCUCGCUCAGAGGUUCUCCAGUUGCCCUUAGCCAACUGCAGCCGCUAUCAGUCUCAGCCAGACUGUCUGCUCGCCAGAGACCCCUACUGCGCUUGGGACAGCGAGGGUCGAGCUUGUGUUCGCAUUGACCUCCACCGAGGAUCCACGUCUUCUCUGUCACAAGACCUCAUGCUGGAGAGGUUCAGCCGAGGAAAAGCAAAGUUUGACAAGCCUGUCUCCAUCCCCAGCCCUGAGCACUCUCGCCUUCGUAACGUCACCGUGGUGGUGGGGUCAGACAUGGUGCUGCCCUGCCAGUUGAUCUCCAACCUAGCUCAGCCCUUCUGGGUUGUCAACGACCGCGAGCUCCUUCUCGGCAACCCAGAGGCCGGAGGGCCGCGCUUCGACCGCACCCUCAAGGCUCUCGUUGUUCCUGAAGCGGGUCAGAUCCAAGCAGGACGCUACAUCUGCUAUUCGGAGGAGCAGGGCGUGAAGUUUCAAACGGAGCGUUACCAAGUAGCUGUAGUCGCAAGCGCUCCCGUCUUCAUGGAAGCCCGAGCCCCUGACAGCAGCAUGGGGCUCUUCUGGGUGCUGGUCAUCACCCUCGGUGCCGCGUGCCUCCUGCUCUUGGUCGCAGCGCUCUACCUGCGCAGGAGACUGAAAUUGGCACUUGGAAAGGGAGCUGACAUGAAGCCCCUGGAAAGUACCUUGGUCUAUCCCAUCACUCUCCCAAAGGAGCCGCCCACUUUUGUGCCCAGCAAAAUGCCCAGCGACGAGGACCGUUUCUGGGAGACCGGCGCUAACUACUACUACUCGGACGGCUCGCUUAAAAUUGUUCCCGGUCACGCCCUGGGGCCCAACGGCGUCGCCAGCACGGCGUCACCCAGUGCCAUUCCAGGCCAGCCCAUCCACUCCCCCAGCCGUCUCAGUCUCACCAACAUCCGAGGCUCCGGUAGCAACGGCUACAUCCGCCUGAACCUGAGCACAGCAGGGGAGGAGAGGGCUAGCGGGUCUUGCGCUGGUGGCGGCGGGCUGGGGGGCCUGAGCAUGGGUGGGAACGACUACUCAACCCCGUUCAAAGAAGAGCUUAGGCGCACUCUGCAGCAGAGGAGCGUGCUGCCUGACGCUAAUCCAGAGGAGUCGUCGGUCUAGGCCUUUUCUGCGCCGUCUCCAUUCCCUUGAGUUGGAAAAAAACAAAACAACCAACCUACCUCCCUCCUUUUGAGGAUGCCUGCUCUCCCUCGCUCUCUCGUUCAGUGACACGUUGUCACCUUCCAAUGCUCUUUCCCUCACCCUGCCAAUGCCUGUUUGGCUCACUGUAGACAUUUAUAGCAUGUUAAAUAUAGACACUCACACCCAUGGUUCGCCAACACACUCUCACAUAAUUAUUGUGUGCUCUACGCCAUCAAGUCUUGAACUUUUCCUGCUUCCACUGUGUAAUGGCCAUUUGUCUAAAGUGUGUAUUUACCCAGGAGUACACCGUAGGCAUGGUCAUCCAACCGAUGGCAUUAUUAUAUGUUGUCUGAAGGGCACGUUUAAUUGAUGUUGGGCGGACCAAGAGCGUCUUCCAGCACCUUUGCGGAGACCAGUUGAUGGAUGGCAAGAACAAUUCCUGUUCUUUCGGCUCGUUUUUCAGCUUGUACUGCACUUAAAACUGGAAGCUAGUCUUUCCUGAUUUUUAACAGUGAGCCAAGAGGAGGCUGAUUAAUGCUGAAGCAAGACAACAAUCAUAUUUGCGUAUGAGAAGCUCUGUGAAGACGUGAGAGACAAUGAGAGAGCGAUUGAAGUGAACGCAAGGGAGUUUCUCUCUAAAUGUUUUGGUCCAAUUUCUUUUUAUUUUAUUUUUCCCAGUUUGAAUUUAGACAUUUCUCCAGCAGUUUUGUUUUUUGUUUUUUUAUUUAUUUCUUAAGGACCGCUGCAGCCUUCAAGUGGUCGUCAAGUGACUUAAGUCUACCUUUCGUGAAGAACAAAUGCUUACAUUCCAGGCGGCAACCUGCUCGGUGACCUUCGAAGCACCUUCAGUGUACUAAAAGUGCAUGAGAACCACGUGUUGUUGAAACUUCAUGUCAGAUCAGCUGUUUUUGGAUCUUUGCUCAUUCCCUUGGAAAAGAAAAUGCUAUUGGCAUUCAGCAAUAAGGCAAAGACUGCACACUUUUCAACAACGCAAAGACAACAAGCAUGGAGAAUGUAGUUGAAUCAUCUGCUGUGGAUGUUUCAAAAAGUGCUUUAUGUUUUGUACGGUGACAGUGGUAAACUUGCACUGCAAAGAAGGAAACUACCACACUUUGUCACACGCCCAACGCUUUGAAUGUCAACAAGCCCGGACUCCAGUGUGUGACAGGACACCGUGAAUGCCCAUCCUUAGAUGCCAUGAGACCAAGUUGGGGAUGUUGUCUUGCGGACAAAGAGAUGAAGAACAGUGGGAAACACAUGAGGCCACAACGAAGGACCAAAUGAUGAUUUCCAAGUUGAUAGGAUACAGUAGGACAAUGCCUCUGAAUCUGUUACAGGGUGAUUGUUUGGGACAUGUCUGCAUUGCGCAGGAGAGCAACGCAAGAGCUUUCAACAACAUUCAGUUGUGAAACACUGUGGACACGCGUCUAAAAUGUCACGUAUCCCAAUGACCCCAUGGUCAGAGAGGUACUCGGCCAUCAGACGAACAUAUUGCAUGAGCAACAGCAAAAGGACUGUUCAUUUCCAUCACCAUUGUACAAAUGCAUUUUUUUGGAUUGAGCAUUUUUGAGGAUUUUUUGAUAUGAUACAGUAUUGUAAAACACUAAGGCUCUCAGUUGAGCCUUCAUUUUAUGGUUCAAGGAAAGGAUAUUGUUUCAUGGCUGUGUUGCUCGUGUCACUUCACCUUUGGGGAAGCCAAAGUAGACUGCAGAUGUUCUUCUGUUACUCCAGCCCCAAGUUAUUUGUCUGAAACAGAUCAAUAUUGAGCUGUCCGUCCAUUUUACAAUUCUGAGCUGAUGUCUGCCAGCUUUCUGAAUAUUUUAACUGCAGCAAAAUGUUCCCUGAAGAAAAAAAAUGGCUUAAGGCUAAUGGGUUUUCUGUUUGUUUCCUGUUUACUUUUCAGCAGUGAUCUCCUGGACCUGAUUCUUGUUUCUAUUCACGAAGGCUCACCAAUAUACCAAAAUCAUUAUUUAAUUUGUUAGCUGCCAAAAACCAAAUAACAAGCUUUUGAUUUAAAGCAGAUUAGUGCUAGAAUGUGUGCACUUGAUGGUAUCCAAGACUUUAAAGUUUAAACACAUUCUUGGAAAUACACUACUUGGUCAUGUCUUGUUGAGUAUUUCUUUUGUUAUCAGGCUUUGCUUUACUUUGCAUUUUGAAGAAAAAAAACAAUCAAAAGAAUGAUUAAACAAGUCUUUUGUUGGAGUAAAAUGCAUGUUUUAGAAGUCUUCAAACUUCACAUUUGUUUGCCAUAACCACUCCAGUGCGGUAUAUUUUUGUGUUCAUUCCGGUUGACCUACUUUUGCCUGUAUCUUAUUGAACUUUUAUGUUUGUUUUAAAGUAAUUUUAAGUAACUUAUUUGUUGUACAAACACGUUGAUAUUUAUUAUCAUUGUACAUACGCCCUUAUUUUUUUAUAUGUGUGUAUAUACAUACUAUAUACACAAAUAAAAAAAGAUCUACUUGA